AUGUCUACGUGGAAUGAGGCUAACCAGCGCAACGCGACAGGCGAUGGCAACAAGCCCCAAUGUCACCGCUGUGAACGCUCAGGAUCAUCGUGUGUCUGGCAAGCGGUGCCCUCGGGAUUCCGUCAUGGCUCCAGUGCUCGAUAUGAUGCCGACUUCGCGGACGAUCAGCCCUGGGUGCCCGUCGGCCAUGCUGAGUUCCAGUACGUCGACGAAACAGCCGACAUAGCCCGACACUACUCGGUGGAUUUGGGGUCCUCCCCGUUGGCCUCGGGACGCCGGCGAAGUGUUUCAUUCACGGACCACCGAACCCUAACUGACCCGUCCGUCCUUACACUUGGGCAGUUCGAUAUUUGCGAUGGAGAAAGGCAUUUUGAAUGUACUGUGCCAUUGCGCGCACGAUCAUGUCCUCCGCUCCUCUACGCAAUCUAUACCGCCGCGGCACGACACCUGAGCCGGAUCAAAAAAUAUUAUAUUGGAAACCAAAUCCAAUAUGGAGGGAAAAUUCUCCCGAAUCUGACGCCAGAAACUGCUCUUCACUAUCACAACCAAUGCAUUGCGCACUUUGUGUCGCUGUCGGAUCAUUCCCGGGAGGCCCAGGACGAGAAUCUCCUGGCGGCCGCCGUGAUUCUUCGGUUCUAUGAAGAAGUAGAUUGUUCGUUGAGAGUCCAAUGA